UGUUGAAGUUGGCCUGCCGUCUCCCAUCAUCCACGCCGAAAGUCCAAAGCUCCAAAAACCAGACCAAACCAGAACCGGUUGAUCCGUCAGUAGCCGCGGCCGCCGGCGAUGGAGAAGGGCAAGGGUCUCGCCCGACGCUGGGCAGUGGAGCUCCACGACGUAUCUUCCUCCUCCUCCUCGCCUGCCUUCCCCGAUCCUCCUGGCUUCACCAGAUCCGCCCCGGAAGCGGACGACGCCGCCAGCGCGCGGCAGCGCAAGGAGACCGAAGCUGCCUGGAAGGGGCAGAAAGCCUGGGAGGUGGCGCAGGCGCCCUUCAAGAACCUGAUGAUGAUGGGUUUUAUGAUGUGGAUGGCCGGGAGCACAGUCCACCUGUUUAGCAUUGGUAUCGUCUUCUCUGCUCUCUGGCAGCCCUUCAACGCACUCCGAUCUGUCGGGAAAGUUUUCGAACCAUUUAAGGACCCAAGGGUGGAUACACUUGCACCUAAGUUACUCUUCACUGCUCUCAACUUGGCCGCUAUGGGUUUGGGUGUUUGGAAGCUCAACACAUUGGGUCUUCUUCCGACAAAUGCAUCAGACUGGGUAUCUUCACUGUCUCCUGCUCGGGAGGUUGAAUAUGCUGGUGGAGGGAUCCCCUUGAUGUAAUGCCCCUUGUGAUCUUCAAUUGGUCAAACUCUUUGGCUUUACUACUUGGAGGAUGGUAUCUGUACUAAAGUGAAAUUUAUACCCUGGUGAAGGGAGAAAUUUUAUUCGGGUUUGUUGGAGAAAUUUUAUUCGGGUUUGUUAUAUUUUUCGUUUCACGUGUACCAAAUUCGGAUUGAUAUCUAUAGCAAAUCACAGGCUUAGCUAAACAUAGCUUGCUUAUUUUUUUUUUAUCUCCUCUGCUUACCAUGUCUGAUUCAAUAGAGAGGUUGUAGCUAACUCUCCCAUUGAAUGUAGUAGACGAACUGCUUUUGUUAUGUUCUAUUAAUAGCUGUGAGAUUUUUUGUUCA